AUGGCUGUGCAUGUAUUUGGCAACAGUCCCUCCCCUGCUGUUGCCACCUUUGGACUAAGGAAAUCUGUUGAGCGCGCGGACUCUGAUAUCAAGGAAUUUGUGUCGCAAAAUUUCUACGUCGACGAUGGACUUGUCUCAACUGAUGACGUCAAGACAGGCAUUGAUCUCAUGAAGCGCACUCAGUCGACCCUAGCACGCGAAGGCAAUCUGAGAUUACACAAGAUAACUUCCAGUAGCAAGGAGGUGCUUGAUGCCUUUCACCCAAAUGACCUGGCCAAAGGACUAAAGGGCCUAGAGUUAGGGAAGGACGUCAUUCCUCUUCAGAGAAGUCUAGGUCUUGUAUGGAACGUGAACAAUGACACCUUUACCUAUCAAGUGUGUCCAGAUGUGCAGCCCUUCACACGUCGGGGUGUGCUCUCCACCGUCAACAGUAUUUUUGAUCCACUGGGACUCAUUGCACCGGUGGUGAUUCGAGGAAAGCUCAUUCUUCGGGAUCUGAUGGCGUGUAAUUCAUCUGGUGGGUGGGACGAGCCUUUGCCACCAGACCGCGAGGCGGAGUGGAAGACGUGGCGAGAUUCUCUCGCUUCUCUAGAGGAUGUAAGGAUUCCACGAGUCUACUCCACCUUUGCUCAUACCGAUGUUUCUCGGAGGGAGCUCCACACCUUUGCCGACGCAUCCCAGGAUGCUAUUGCUGCAGCAUCCUAUCUGAAGACCUUCCACAUAAGUGGCAUCACAGAGGUCAGCUUCGUCUAUGGGAAGGCUAAGGUCGCGCCACGAAAGGGUCACACGAUCCCUCGGUUAGAACUUUGUGCGGCAGUACUUGCUGUUGAAAUAGCUCAAACUGUCAUCGAGCAACUAGGCGUUAAGCUAGACAGCGUCCGUUUCUAUUCAGACAGUCAAGUCGUUCUUGGUUAUAUUCACAACGAGGAAAGGAGGUUUUAUGUGUAUGUGUCGAACCGCGUCGAGAAGAUAAGGGCUUUCUCUACGCCGAAUCAGUGGACUCAUGUCUCCACCCUUAGCAAUCCUGCAGACGUGGCUGCGAGAUCUGUACAUGCAAAGGUCAUUCAAGCUAGCCCAUGGGUGAAGGGCCCUGGACUUCUUGAGGAGGAAAUUGCAGAAGUGACCUAA